AUGAACUUGGUCGCGACGAACGAUAAGGAUGAGAUUUAUGAGGAUCCUGAGUCUACUGAGGAUGAUGAGAGUGAGGACUCGGAUGAUAUGGCUGCGAGUGUGGAGGCAGCAGUGAAGCAGGAAGAGGAGAUAGUGACCAUGGAGGCAGCAGCAGUAAACGGUGGAGAUGGAGACGAUGUCAACACUUUUGCAGCAGCGAUCGUGGUUGAAGAUGAAGCAGUAAAUGCGAAGUGUGUGGGAGUUGAAGCUGUGAAAGGGGACAUCAUGGUGAAAGGAUCAAAGGCGAAUGCAACUGCAAAGGGGCAAGUGCUUAAGGAGGAUGAACGCGUUGAAGGGUACGAGACCCGAGAGGUGUUGGGUGUAAAGAUGCCGAGGAGAAGUGAGAGGCUUAAGAAAAUCUCUCAAGGUUUGGAUGUCAAGGCGCUCAACUUCAAGACACGUAAGCAGAGUGGUGAGCAACACGGGGGGAAUCAAGGCAGUGGUGAGCAACACGGGGGGAAUCAAGGCAGUGGUGAGCAACACGGGGUGAAUCAAGGCAGUGGUGAGCAAAUGGGGGGAAUCAAGGCACUGGUGAGCAAGACGGGCGGAAUCAAGGCAGUGGUGAGCAACACGGGGGGAAUCAAGGCAGUGGUGAGCUACACGGGCGGAAUCAAGGCAGUGGUGAGCAACACGGGGGGAAUCAAGGCAGUGGUGAGCAACACGGGGGGAAUCAAGGCAGUGGUGAGCAACACGGGGGGAAUCAAGGCAGUGGUGAGCAACACGGGCGGAAUCAAGGCAGUGAUUUUCUUAUCCUAA